AUCUAGAAUAAGCUGAACUGAACUGAAUAAGACUGAAUAAACCUGGACACCGUCAACUCCGGGUGCCUUUCAUCGAGUGUGCAUAUACCCAGAGCAUGAAGCACAGGCCAUAUAAACCCUGGUUCCCUUCACCUUUGCUCCACAUACUCUCUCACACUCACACACUCACACUUACACACUGACACACACACUCUCACUCUUUCUUUCCAGCCCUUUGUGUCUCUUCAGAAGCACCAUCACAUCAACCACUUUACAUAUCUUCAUCGACCACCGCCACAGACCAUCAUGAACACCACCGCACUCAUCCCUACCAUUGCUGCAUAUAUUGUUGCGGCAGCCGAUCCAGUCUGUGUUGACGCGCAGCUUGCUCUGCCGCUCCUCACACAGAUUGUUAAAAAGAUACGCCAGGAACACCGCGGCCGGGGUAUCGUCCUGUUUGUAGUGCCAGACACGCGUGCUCUCGAUCCGAGCCUAGGCCGCUCCUACCAGAGCAACCGCAUCAAAGCCACAGUCGUUCAGGGCGCUGCGGCUCCAGAGACAGCCAACGCCCAGAUGUGGCAAGCACUCUCAAUGGAGUUCGAGGUAAUAACGACCUCUGUGGAGAUUGCGACCAGCCUUCUGAGGCAUCCAUUGGUGCACGUCCGAGUGGACUUCAAGGCCAGAGCCAUGAGUACGGCGUCAGCGUCGGCUCAUGAGAGUCGUCAAGCGAUUGACGACUUGACAGCCAUUGCGGACAACCUCGAACAUGCGCCGCAACCGAACCCCACGAUCCGAGGCAAGCUGGAUGGGUUGAUCAGGAUCCUCCAGUCAUAUCGCAACGAAGCCAAUGGCUUCUGCGCGAUUGUCCUCGUUGAGCGUGAGGUAAUUGCGCGCGUCCUGUGCGAGUUCCUGGCGCAAUUCGGACAGGAGUUUGGUCUGGACUUCGUCCGGUCUUCACUGCUUGCUGGUCGCCGAAUCAAGAGGGUGGAUGUUGGUCGGCGCCGCGAGCAGGCUGCAAGGGAGAAACAGGCGAUCAAGGGCUUCCACCGAGGUGACAGGAACCUCCUGGUCACUUCCGAGGCCAACGAGGAGUUUGCCAUGGACGCCAUCCACUUUGGUUUGGUUGUCAGGCUCGAACUGCGGGAUGAGGACCUCUACGCGUACAUAAAGUCGUCCUCUUUGGCUCAAGACCAGGUCAGGGACGUUGUAGUGCUGAGUUCCUGUCGCGACGCGUCCCACCUCGUGCUCGUCACCCCUUCUGCGAUCCGGCCGCGAGCACCUGCUGCUCCCAAAAUUACCCCUGCCGCAACGUCUGCUGUCGGCAACAUUGUGUUCAAGUUCGUCAUUUCUCUCAACUUUUUCUCAUCGAGUGCCAGAAAUGAUGUGCUGGCGGUGGUGACCUCCCAGCUACAGCUCCACCAUCAUAUCGAGGCAAAGCAGAACCAGAAGGAUAGCCUGAAGCGUGUAGCCAGCCUAGUCGGUACGGAGGUGCAGGUGCCACCAGGACUGAAUUUCUUAUACUACUUGAAGGGUCUUAAGCUCACAAAGAGCGCCGGUGAUCUGCUCGAGGCUGUUUUUGGGGCCGUUUUUGUAGACUCAAAAUUCGAGCUGACAGCUGUGGCCGGUAUAUUCGAGCGAUGCAUGUCGCCCUUGCUGGAGAAGCACAUUGCACAAUACAGCGAUAGUAUAUAUUAA